AGAUUAGGAAAUUUGGGAUUAGUAAUUUGAAAGGGAGGAAGCAGUUGAUUUGUCUGUUUUCCGAUUCAUAAAUGUCAAAAAACAAAAAAGGUUUUGUUGCAUCGCUCGCGUCGACUAAUUCAUAAUUUCGAUUUUGGUAGUACCACAUUUUGUGGAUUAGGAGUAUUUUCUGAAACGAGAGAGAAGAUGGGAGAUGACGCCCCCACUCCCGUUGAUAUCAAUCAGCCAUCAUCGCCAAAGAAAGCAUGGCACUCUUACAUCUCAGAUGAUCUGCCUCGCAGUGUCCAACAAUCUACUGACUCCGCCAUCCGCUCUGCUCGUUCCAUACAAGAUACAUCCUCCACCCACCUUCGCACUCUUCAGGUAUUGUCUUGGUGCCAGGCUGCCAGCACUAAAUCAAUGCACCACCUAAGCAAGGAUUUUAUGCCAAAGAUAAAAGCCGAGUAUAGAACUUAUGAAGAGGUUUUCUUCAGGAAAAUUAAAGAUGAGUUGGUAACUGCGAGUGAGCACCCUGCUAUGGCUGGGGGAAUUGGUAUUGCUGCUGCCCUCCUCCUCAUGCGAGGACCUAGAAGAUUUCUGUUCCGUCAAACACUGGGCCGUUUCCAGAGUGAGGAGGCUAAGUUUAGUAAAGCUGAGAAGAAUGUGAACGAGUUGAGCCAGUCUGUUGAAUUAAUGAAGAAAGAGAGUGGAAAACUACUUCAAAGAGCGGCCCUCGCUGGAAAGGAUAUGAAACAUGGUCAUUCCAACCUGCUGGUUGCUGGAAAUCAGAUACAAAGUGUUGCAAAAUCUGUCUUCAAGGUUGAAGCUCAAGCUACUGAUUUGAUGGAUGUGCUGCGGGAAAUUCCAGGUAGAGAGGCUUUAAAGCUAAGAGCAGAGGUUGCUUCUAUGGUUUCACAUUUGCGUCAACAAAGGACUGCGAUUGACAAAAGGAUUGUGAGGAUUUCUGAAUUAGGUGUUCCUAUAUGAGAAUUGCCAAUUAGAGAAGAAAUGGUUCAAGUCCAUUGCACUGGUUUUGCUUGCCUAAUAAGCUUAGGAUGAGUGUUCAAGAGGGCCAUGGCACAUGGAUGAACAAUGAGCCGUGCAUUCUCUCCUGCAUUGUUUAGGCCUUUAGAUGCAAUUUGUUUGUAGGGAACUGUUACGACAGAGAUCGUGCAACAUACCACAAACUGUAAACUUGUGGAUUUUUCUAUAUGUUUUGAGGUGUUACCCCUGUGCAGAAGCUAUGAUACACAAGAAUUGAAAAGAGAUGUCUUCACUCUUUAUUUGUCUGCCCCUUUCACCUAUAAGGUGUAUGGUGGGGCGAAGUGGGGAUUAGAGCUUUCUACA